GGCGACACCGCUCUCCCCUCCCAAAAAAAACUCAAAACCUUUUUAAAACGAAGCAAGCAACGACAUAGCACAAUAUAUAUAAACCCUAAAAAUCCCGUCUUUUUCCAAAUCCCCAAAAAAAAAAAAUUUUUUUGUUCUCUUGUACCUCUCAAUCUAGGGUUUGUCAAAUGGGUAAAGGGGGCCAAGAUCUCGGAUCUUUCCCCGCCUGGGCCCGAUCCAUCCCUGAAUGCGAGUCCGCGUUCGACGUCUCCGCCGACCGCGGCCUCGCCGCCGGAGACGUCCCCCGCGCGGAAUAUCACGGCUGGAACGAGUCUGAGAAGCACUCCGGCCCCUCCGUGUUCCAACUCGUUCUCGAUCAGUUCAACGCACACCCUGUCCGCAUCCUUCCUCGUCGCCCGCCGUUCGUCUCCUUCGCCCUCGCCUGGAAUCAGCGGCGGAGAGGACGGGAGACGCCGGGCAUCACCGCGUUCGUGGAGCCGCUGGUGAUCUUCUUGAUUUUGAUGGUGAACGCCGUCGUCGGGGUUUGGCAGGAGAGCAACGCGGAGAAGGCGCUCGAGGCCGUGAAGGAGAUCAAUCGUGAGCACGCGCCGCGUAAGAAGACGCGAGAGCUGGUCCCUAGUUUGCCGGCGAAGGAGCUUGUGGGCCGGGAUAUUGUCGUUCUUAGGGUUGGAGAUAAGGUUCCUGCUGACAUUGAGGUGGUUCUUGAUAACUCGACUUUGAGAGUCGAGCAGGGUUCGCUCACCGGAGAGGACGAGAGCGCGCUGCUGUGAACAAGACUAAUUCAUAAAGUUGACAGCGAGGACGCUGACAUUCAGGGGAAAGAGUGCAUGGUCUUCGCGGGGACCGUUGUCAAUGGUGCUGCUUGUCUGGCAUGUGUUACGUCCAGGACGGGGAUGAACACCGAGAUUGGCAAGAUUCAUUCUCAGAUUCACGAAGCUUCGCAGGAGGAAGACGAUACUCCGUUGAAGAAGAAGCUGAAUGAGUUUGGGGAGACUUUGACGGCGAUAAUUGGGGUUAUUUGUGCUUUGGUCUGGUUAAUCAAUGUGAAAUACUUCUUAACUUGGGAGUAUGCUGAUGGGUUUCCGAGGAAUUUCAAGUUUUCGUUUGAGAAGUGCACGUAUUACUUUGAGAUUGCGGUGGCUUUGGCGGUUGCAGCGAUCCCCGAGGGUCUGCCUGCGGUAAUCACGACUUGCUUAGCUUUGGGAACGAGGAAGAUGGCUCAAAAGAACGCACUAGUUAGAAAGUUGCCUAGUGUUGAGACUUUGGGGUGCACGACCGUGAUCUGUUCAGAUAAGACAGGGACAUUGACGACAAAUCAGAUGUCGGCGGUGAAAUUGGUGGCUGGGAGGGGGCCGGAUAGUUUGAGGAGUUUCAGGGUCGAGGGGACGAGUUAUGAUCCUAGCAACGGGAAGAUUGAUGAUUGGCCUAGUAGUGGGAUGGAUGAGAAUUUGCAGAUGAUUGCUAAGAUUGCUUCAGUUUGCAAUGAUGCUAAUGUUACUAGCUCUGGGAAUCAGUUUGUUGCUAGUGGCAUGCCAACAGAGGCUGCUUUGAAGGUUCUGGUUGAGAAAAUGGGGCUUCCAGGUGACACAAACAAUUCAAUCUCAGGAUCUGCUGAAGCAUUAAAAUGCUGCCAAUGGUGGAAUGAUGUUGCACGUAGGGUGGCGACUCUUGAAUUUGAUCGAACUAGAAAAUCUAUGGGAGUUAUUGUAAGAUCAAAACCAGGAAACAAUUCGUUAUUCGUAAAGGGGGCUGUUGAGAAUUUGUUGGAAAGAAGUUCCUACAUUCAGUUGCUCGAUGGUUCUGUUGUCCAGCUUGAUGAAAAUUCGAAAGGGUUAAUUCUAGAAUCCCUUCACGAAAUGUCAACUGGUGCUCUACGCUGUUUAGGUUUUGCGUACAAGGAAGAUCUUUCAGAAUUCAGUACUUAUGAUGGCGAAGACCAUCCUGCACAUAAGCUUCUCCUUGAUCCAUCUAAUUAUUCAUCGAUUGAGAGUGAUCUUAUUUUCGUUGGAUUGGUUGGUCUAAGGGAUCCUCCUCGUGCUGAAGUUCAUAAAGCAAUUGAGGAUUGUAGAGCAGCUGGAAUUAAAGUUAUGGUAAUAACGGGUGAUAAUAAAGACACAGCAGAAGCAAUUUGCCGUGAAAUUGGUGUAUUUACACCUCAUGAAGACAUCAGUUUGAAAAGCUUCACAGGGAGAGAAUUUAUGGCGCUUCCUGAUAAAAAAUUACAGCUAAGGCAACAAGGUGGCCUUCUUUUUUCUAGGGCUGAACCAAAGCACAAACAAGAAAUUGUAAGAUUGCUCAAAGAGGAUGGUGAAGUGGUUGCAAUGACAGGCGAUGGGGUGAAUGACGCCCCAGCACUGAAAUUGGCUGAUAUUGGCAUUGCUAUGGGUAUUGCUGGGACAGAGGUUGCUAAGGAGGCUUCUGAUAUGGUGUUAGCGGAUGAUAAUUUCAGUACUAUAGUUGCUGCUGUUGGUGAAGGGAGAUCAAUAUAUAACAAUAUGAAAGCCUUCAUAAGGUAUAUGAUCUCCUCGAACAUUGGUGAAGUUGCCUGUAUUUUUCUAACAGCAGCAUUAGGUAUUCCUGAGGGGUUGAUACCAGUUCAGCUACUCUGGGUCAAUCUUGUAACAGAUGGUCCUCCUGCAACUGCUCUUGGAUUUAACCCUCCUGAUAAAGAUAUCAUGAAGAAACCCCCGCGAAGGAGUGAUGACUCCUUGAUCACCGCGUGGAUCUUAUUCCGCUAUCUGGUCAUUGGUCUCUAUGUUGGAAUUGCUACGGUAGGAGUAUUCAUCAUCUGGUACACCCAGAGUUCCUUCCUCGGGAUCAACUUGACCAACGACGGUCACACCCUAGUCACAUACUCCCAACUCUCAAACUGGGGCCAGUGCUCUUCUUGGGACAACUUCAAGGUCAACCCCUUCACAGCCGGAAACCAAACUUUCUCCUUCGAUUCCAGCCCCUGCGACUAUUUCCAAACCGGUAAAAUAAAGGCCAUGACGCUCUCCCUCUCGGUCUUAGUAGCCAUUGAAAUGUUCAAUUCCCUAAACGCCCUUUCUGAGGACGGCAGUCUCCUGAGCAUGCCUCCAUGGGUCAAUCCCUGGCUGCUCGUGGCCAUGUCCGUUUCGUUUGGGUUGCAUUUCUUGAUUCUUUAUGUGCCUUUCCUUGCUCGUGUGUUUGGAAUUGUGCCGUUGAGUCUCAACGAGUGGCUCUUGGUUUUGGCCGUCGCUUUCCCUGUGAUUCUUAUCGAUGAAGUGUUGAAGCUUGUGGGGAGAUGUAUGAGUUCUUCGGAGGGUGCGAGGAUAUCUCAGAAGCGCAAGGAUGAGUAAAGGGAAAGCUAAAUAAGAUGCAAAUUUUGUAUUUGAAAGGAGGGGGGGCCGUUGGAACAAUUGUGGUUGUUUAGGGUUAUUGGUUUAUUCUUAUAUAUUGGUGGAUUUGUCUAGGUUACUUUGUAGUUCAUAUAGACGCUAAUCUUUACGCAACUGAGAAGAAAGAGCUGACGACAUUCUUGUAGCAAUCUGACGAAUGUUUAUGUAACUGACGAAGUUCUUGCAGCAAAA